CUACGAUACGAUCCAUCCGCCCCAUCCCACAAUACGAACAAUCCCAAGCAAUGUCCCCGCCCGCCAUACCGUCCCGCGAGGAAAUCCACCAAUGGCUUCUUGACUUCCACUCGACCAGCGCCGCCCUCGACGCAGAGAAUUACGUCGACAAGUUCUUCACGCCCACGGCGACGAUCCACUUCGGCAACCUGCCACCCGUGAGUGGGCGCGAGAACAUCCUCGCCAUGUUCACGCAAACCUUUGCCGCACUCGACUCGAUGGAGCACGAGGUAGUGCACUUCGAUAUCGUCCCUGGCACUGGCAGGGUAUACCAGGCGGCCGAUAUCACGUACGUCGUCAAGGGGGAUCCGAAGAGGGAGGUGUUUACGGUCCGUGGGUUGGCCGUGUGUGAUUGGCCCGAGGAGGCGGAGGGGGAGGGCGGGGUGAUGAGGGCACAGCGAAUGCAGAUCUUUUUGGAUCCGUCGGCGGUGUUUGCGAGAAUGGGUGAGGUGGCUGCGGCGAGGGCGGGAGCGGGGGUGUAGGGAGUGGAUGGGUGGGAUUGGGGACCACAGAGUAAUAGCACGCGUAUGUCACAGUGGGGAAGGAAGGUUGGAAGGUAUGGCUGGCUGUUACGACAUGUAUGUACCUACAAUAUCACCAUUACAAGAAGAAGUCGUUAAGAAAAAAAAGAGAUUUAUUUGGUA